CGGCAGUCCCCCCUCCGCGCAUGCGCCCUAGCUGUGCCUGCCGGUGUGCGCUGCUGAGUGUUUCGGAGGGAGGGAGAUUGCCGUCUGCCCGACCCUGCAGUCGGUGUGUUCAGUAGAGUGGUAAGAGUGUUCCUCCAGAUAAAAUGGCAGUUCCACCAGCUUAUGCUGAUCUUGGGAAAGCAGCCAGAGAUGUUUUCACCAAAGGAUAUGGUUUUGGUUUAGUAAAGCUGGACUUAAAAACAAAAUCGGAAAAUGGACUGGAAUUCACAAGUGCAGGCUCUGCCAACAUGGAUACUUCCAAAGUUGCUGGCAGUCUGGAAACAAAAUACAAAUGGGUGGAUUAUGGACUGACAUUCACAGAAAAAUGGAACACAGAUAAUGUUUUGGGAACUGAAAUUACUGUUGAAGAUCAGCUUCUGAAAGGACUGAAAAUUGGAGUUGACUCUUCAUUUGCACCUAAUACAGGGAAGAAAAGUGCGAAAAUUAAGACCGGUUACAAGAGGGAACACAUCAAUUUGGGAAUUGAUGUUGACUUCGAUGUUGCUGGCCCAGCUAUACGUGGAGCCUUUGUCUUUGGUUUUGAUGGAUGGUUAGCAGGAUAUCAAAUGACCUUUGAAACUGCAAAAUCCAGAGUCUCCCAGAGUAACUUUGCUGUGGGUUACAGGACAGAUGACUUUCAGCUCCAUACUAAUGUGAAUGAUGGUACUGAAUUUGGUGGCUCCAUUUAUCAGAAAAUCAGUGAAAAUCUUGAAACUAGUGUUAAUCUCGCUUGGACAGCAGGGAAUAGCAAUACCCGAUUUGGAAUUGCAGCAAAAUACAAGAUUGAUGCCGAUGCAACGUGCUCGGUUAAAGUGAACAAUUCAAGUCUCAUUGGACUUGGAUAUUCUCAAAUACUAAAACCAGGUAUUAAACUAAGCUUGUCAGCACUGCUGGAUGGCAAGAAUAUUAAUGGUGGUGGUCAUAAACUUGGCCUUGGAUUUGAAUUUGAAGCAUAAACCAAGAAAUAGAAAGAACCUACAAUCAGUAAAUUUCCAAAUAUUUUCCACAGUAGCAAUCCGAAGAUCCUGUUUAUAUUUUUGUUGAGCCAUUUGCCCAAACAUAGUAAAAUCAAAUUAUCUUCUUUGGAGAUUGUCCUCUGAAGAAUAGAAUGCAUUUUCAAAAUGUCAUUAUGACUAUUUAUUGUAUCCCUUAGAUAUAUGCAGUUCACUAUUAAUGUCUAUUUUCCCUUCUUGGUAAAGACUGGUUGUAUGUGGUGUAAAACAAAACACUAUUAUUGUUGGUUGAAAUUGUGGUCCUUAUCCUUGCACCUUCUGGAAAAAGUUGAUGCAACAUAGCCAUAUGGAGAGAUUUGUAUGUUUUCAGCAGGUAUUUGUGAUGUUUGGGCUUAACAAAGUUAAAAAUACACACAAAAGAAAUUUAGUGUCCCAUCUUUUUACUUCCCUGUUGUGCUGUUCGUUUAAAGUGUCGUCUUCCAUGUUCUGGAGAUAGCUAGGAAAAUUAGUUCCUGAAUCCCAAAUUGGACUAUAUUUAGUAUUAGAAACGCAAAGUGGAACAUAUUUAAUAUUGUGUGUGUGGCGUUAUUGAAGGCUAUAACAACACUAAAAAAGUACCUUAGAAAAUGGUGAAGGGCCCAUAUACAGAUGUAAGCCAUACAAAAUUACCAUAUACAUGUCUUGAGAAUCUGGAAUCAUUUAUAAUUAUGGCCCAAAAUUAUUGCAGAAGUGCUGCAGAAUGGUUUCUACUCAGCCUAUCAUAAAUACCCAUGGCCAGAGUUAAAUAAGGAAACCCUGGUGAGUGUAUUUUGGGCAUUCGCUUGGAGAAAUGUGGGAUAGGAAAAUAACUUUGGGAAGGAACUCAUUACAAGGUUUGUAUGAUUGAUAGAUCCCUCUAUUUCUGUGCCAGUCUGUUUAUUUUCCAGGGUCAGUCCUGUUAUCUUUAGUCUUCCACAGUGGGAAGCGCUUACAUACAAUUUAAAGGUAUCUGUGUUGGAGGUUUCAGACUGGCUGAGACUAAGCAAAUUUCUAAAGUGGGGCAUCUUGGGCUUGUUGCUUUUGAAGUAAGGUGCUACGUUUGGGUGGGUAUUCGGUGCUUUUGUACAUUUGUCAUGACGAAUUCUGUAUGAAGAAUCAGCUGUAUUGAAUUUGAAUAACCAAAGUGUUGAAGUAUUGAAAUUUUGACACCUGCUAUCUCUUUAGGGUAUUUUUUUAAAAUGAAAGUUAGCAUACACAGUCAUUCUCUUCAUCUGAAGUUGGCUGUUCCUUUUAUUUGAGUUGAAAUAUUUGCAGUGUUUGUAAUGUGUGAAAGUAAUUCAGCAAAUAUGAGAAUGUGGUAAGGAAUAAUGAAUUCAAAAAUAAAAACAAAAUGCUGGAAAUUUUCAAGUCAGACAGCAUCUGUGUAGAGAAUCACUUAACUUUUCAGGUUGAUGACUGAACUAAUUCACAAGCAUUUUAAUUGAACCAGGUUGUUUAAACUAGGUACUUGCAACCAAAUUAGUAUUUUUGUUCAUCACAAGAUAUAAAUAUGCUCAUCAUUCUGUUAUAAUUUUGCCACCACUCUUUGCUGCCCAAUUCUCGCCAAAAUGAACAGCUUUUAAUUUGUCUCUAGGUUUCAUCUAUAGCAUCUCUAUGUGCUUAACUAUGUAGUAACUUUCAUUUAAUUACACUUGAAUGGCGGAAAGAGUUGCAUGCACUCAAGUAGCUUACCUACUGUGGUUGCUUAAACUAUUUAAAAAACAAAAACUUUCUGCACAAGUUUAAACAGUUUUCUUUGGAAUGGACAACCAGCAUUCCAGGAUUGCUUGUUUAUAAAUUAGCUUUGUAAAAUUGAAACCAUUAAAAUUCUUGUAAAAGUUUAAAUUGUAUACAGCUUUAUUUGGAAACGAUAUGAAUUACUACAUUGUUUCCAUUGUAAUGCAAAAAUUUAGAGAUCUCGAGAAGCAUUGGUUCUUUGUAAAAUCUUCCCAUUUAAAAAGUAAAAUUGUUGUAAUUUCUGGAAUCUCAGUGGUGUUUAACCAAAAGCUAAAGUAAAAUUCAUCUUAGUUAGAAGUGCUUAAGUAUAAAUGAUGUGCCCUUUAAUGUCUUUCCAGUAAAUGGUGACAGUUCCAGUCGAAUAUCUAAUAAUUUAAUUGUUAAUGAUUUAGUUAAUUGUAGUUCCUGCAUUGUCUGAAUUAAUGGAAGAUCUCAGUUUCAGGACCUACUAUACAAGGUCGCUUAUAUCUUGCCAAUUGUGAAUUUGCUAAGAAUUUUAAAUAAUAUAUAAAUUUAAAAUUAUGCAGUUGUAGGAGAUCUAAUAUAUGGUCGAAAAUUCUGCAAAAUAUCCUGCAGGUACCAUCAGUAACAAGGAGAUUUUAACUCACAUUUGAGUUUUAACACUACAUAACCCAUCAAUAUGCUGUCUGAUCUGUUAAAUUUUUCAAUGUUCUGUUUUUAUUCUAACCUUUGUAAUGUCAUCCUAAAGUUGUUAAAAAUAAUGUGGGUAUAAAUGUGGAAUUUAUUUCAAAAAGGGAAUUGAUGUCAUUUUUGAAAACUUGUGACCAGAUUAUAAGAAUUUUAAACAACAAAUUUAUUCCUUUCAAAAUUUAGGCCUUUCAGAACUCAGGAACUUCUCCGGAAAGUAAAUUAUAGAACUUUUCUUGAUCCUCAAAUUCGAAAGUAUAAAUUCUUUAACUUGUAUUAAAAUAAUCCUGUCUCUUUUGCUAUA